AUGGAUUCGGUAUUUCUGAGUGGUGAAACACAACAACAAAUUUUAAAGUUUAAACGACAUAUAACAGAAAUACAAAGUCAAUUAAAACAAAUUCGACGUACAGUGCAGAUGAAUACGCAAGCAUCACGUGAUAUUUUACGUGAAGCAUUCGAUCGAGUUCAUCAAUACGUUGCAGAUCACCUGGGUGCAACGCCGCAUCAUACAUUAGCUCACGCUAACGACACGCUUAAAUCGGAACACAUUGCUGAAAUUGCUAAUCUUCAGAAAUCAUUGCAAACAUUUGAAGAAAAUGUUGAAGAAGUGAGACAUUUGGUAUUAAACACAAAUCGGAAAUUACGUAUGAGUGAAGUGGAAACGUUUACUGAAACACUUACCAAACUUGGUCGUAAUGCAGCAAAACUAAAAACACAAUUUCCAACAAUACAAUAUGAAUUACAAAAGGAAAUUAAAACAAAUAUGGAACGAAUCGUUUGUGAGGAAAAAUUCAUUAAAGAAGAAACAACGCAAAUUGACCAAUGCUUACGACGCUGCAAAACGUUGGCCAAUAUGAUGGUGACAAUGAAAAAAUUAGCAAUGGUUCAGGAUCCAAGUUUGAAUGCAUCGAAAGUUGAAAAGGACAACAAUCGAACAUUGUUUACACUUAAAGAGAAUGAUUUUACAACUAGUUCCACUAAAUUUAUACAAAAUGAUCAAAUGAAUGGUGGUCGAAUGAAUGCAAAACAACAAAUAAUCGAUGAAAAAACAAAUAAACAAAUAUCACCACCAUUAAUACCACCUCCACCAAUUUAUUAUGAAGGU